GUAAGGUGCAGUGUCAUGGCGAGGAGAGGAUCUAAAAGGCUAAGAAUGGAGAUGAUCACGAUGAGGAAGGUUGCGCUGGUGGUUAUGGUGUUGGUUGCAGUGGGACUCGUUGGGGCCCAUGCAGUCAGCUUGUGUGGGAUGACUGAGGAUGAUCUUGAUGAAUGCAGACCAGCUGUGAGCGGUUCAGAGCCGUCGGAUCCAACGGAGGCUUGCUGCACCGCACUUUCCAAGGCCGACUUGACAUGUCUUUGCGGCUAUAAGGAGUCGCCUGUGUUACCAAUGCUGGGUAUAAAACCAGAGCUUGCCAUGCAGCUGCCUUCCAAAUGCAACCUCACCCCACCAGCCCAAUGCUAAGG